GGAAGGGGCGGGGAGGGCGUGCCUUAGCGCGCGCUGGGCGCAGCCUUCGGCGCAAUGGCCAAAGCCGACUGCCGUGUCCCGGCCCCACCCGGACGCUGAGCGCCUCCGACUGCCGAGCGCGCCGGCGCCGGGCCAUGUACUCGGGGAACCGCAGCGGCAGCCAGGGCUCCUGGGAGGGCGACGGGCCUGCGGGCGCCGAGGGGUCGGCGCCAGAGGGGACGCUGAGCCCCACACCGCUCUUCAGUCCCGGCACUUAUGAGCGCCUGGCUCUGCUGUUCGGCUCCGUGGGGCUGCUGGGCGCUGGCAGCAACCUGCUGGUGCUCGUCCUCUACUACAAGUUCCAGCGGCUCCGCACACCCACUCACCUCUUCCUAGUCAACAUCAGCCUCGGCGACCUGCUGAUGUCCCUCUUCGGGGUCACCUUUACCUUCGUGUCCUGCCUAAGGAACCGCUGGGUGUGGGACACCGUGGGCUGCGUGUGGGACGGGUUCAGCAGCAGCCUCUUCGGUGCCAAGGAGAAUGUCAAAAUACAAAAGACAUGGUUUUUAACCCUCAGGUAUUUACAAUUUAUUUGGAGCAACAAGACAAGAAUACAUAGAAUGAUACUAAAAUAUAGCAUUGUUUCCAUUACCACCCUAACUGUGCUGGCCUAUGAACGUUAUAUUCGUGUGGUCCAUGCCAGAGUGAUCAAUUUUUCCUGGGCCUGGAGGGCCAUUACCUACAUCUGGCUGUACUCAUUGGCAUGGGCAGGAGCACCUCUCCUGGGCUGGAACAGAUACAUCCUAGACGUCCAUGGACUAGGCUGCACUGUGGAGUGGAAAUCCAAAGAUGCCAACGAUUCCUCCUUUGUGCUUUUCUUAUUUCUUGGCUGCUUGGUGGUGCCUGUGGGUGUCAUAGCCCACUGCUAUGGCCAUAUUCUAUAUUCCAUUCGAAUGCUUCGCUGUGUUGAAGAUCUUCAGACAAUUCAGGUGAUCAAGAUUUUAAGAUAUGAAAAGAAAUUGGCCAAAAUGUGCUUCGUGAUGGUAUUUACCUUCCUGAUCUGCUGGAUGCCUUAUAUUGUGGUCUGUUUCUUAGUGGCUAAUGGUUAUGGACAACGCGUCACUCCAACAGUAUCUAUUGUUUCUAAUCUCUUUGCUAAAUCCAGCACUGUAUACAAUCCAGUUAUUUAUAUCUUCAUGAUCAGAAAGUUUAGAAGAUCCCUUUUGCAGCUCCUAUGUUCCCGACUGCUGAGGUGCCAGCAGCCCGCUAAAGACCUACCAGCAGUUGGAAAUGAAAUGCAAAUCAGACCCAUUGUGAUAUCACAGAAAGAUGGGGAAAGGCCAAAGAAGAAAGUGACUUUUAAUUCUUCUUCCAUUGUUUUUAUCAUCACCAGUGACGAAUCUCUAUCAGUUGAUGACAGUAAUAGAACCAGUGGGUCCAAAGCCGAUGUAAUCCAAGUUCGUCCUUUAUAGAAAUGAAAGAUGGAGCCUUAGAUGGGACAGCACAUUUGGACUUAUAAGGAUUGUUCUGGAAUUCCCAUUUUCUAUGUAAUAUCAACAGAAUUUCUGUGACACAGCAGGAAAUCUGAGUUGCCCAUAUGUUCUCUGUCCUCAACAAGCAAGACAAAUUCUUUUAAUUCAAUGGGUGCUUUACAUAAUGAAAAACUGUUUGUGGCACAAGAUGGGCAUCUGGCACCAUCAUCUUCUAAUGUGUUGAGAAUUUUCAUUUCAAAUGUAUUUUUAAAUGACUAUAUUUGCCAAAGCACACUGUAAAAGUAAAUUUUGUCUCAUACA